AGGAAACCGUCCCGCCUCUAGGAGGGUUGUGCCCCGCGCAGGCGCUUCAGCUCCGCCCUCCGCACCGCCUACCGUGCCCGCCGGCUCCACCUUUUCCCGUCUCAUCGACCUGCUCGACUCUCCGCUGCUCCUCACUUUUUCCGGCUACUGCCGGGCGGGGAGGGGUCCAGGCCGAGCAAGCGGAGCGCCGAGCCCAGCUGAUGCAACCUGGCUGGACUCGCGUGACAGUUCCCGGUACGCGGCGGCGACGGUGACCCAGGAAGGGGCUCUGGUGCCGGGCUGAGCAGGGGAAGCAGGGGUAGCGGAGCCAUGGGGGACGCUCCCGGCCCUGAAGAGAAACUGCACCUUAUCACCCGGAACCUGCAGUUACCUUGUGUUGGAGCCAAGCUUUGAAUCCAGGACUCCCACUCCACCGCCCUAUUAAGUGCCAGACCUGGUGCUUAGUCGCUGGGGAUACGUCAAGGGCCUGCCAGAGCUUGUCUGAAGGGGAUCAGACGUUAAAAAUGACCCAUUACGGUUCAAGAGGUUCUGGGGGAAGAUAAGCUGAAGGAGAUACUGAAGGAGCGGGAACUUAAAAUUUACUGGGGAACAGCAACCACGGGCAAACCACAUGUGGCUUACUUUGUGCCCAUGUCAAAGAUUGCAGACUUCUUGAAGGCAGGAUGUGAGGUAACAAUUCUGUUUGCGGACCUUCACGCAUACCUGGAUAACAUGAAAGCCCCAUGGGAACUUCUAGAACUCCGAGUCAGUUACUAUGAGAAUGUGAUCAAAGCAAUGCUGGAGAGCAUUGGUGUGCCCUUGGAGAAGCUCAAGUUCAUCAAAGGCACUGAUUACCAGCUCAGCAAAGAGUACACACUCGAUGUGUACAGACUCUCCUCCGUAGUCACACAGCAUGAUUCCAAGAAGGCUGGAGCUGAGGUGGUAAAGCAAGUGGAGCACCCUUUGCUGAGUGGCCUCUUGUACCCUGGACUGCAGGCUUUGGAUGAAGAGUAUUUAAAAGUAGAUGCCCAAUUUGGAGGCGUUGAUCAGAGAAAGAUUUUCACCUUUGCAGAGAAGUACCUCCCUGCACUUGGCUAUUCAAAACGGGUCCAUCUGAUGAAUCCUAUGGUUCCAGGAUUAACAGGCAGCAAAAUGAGCUCUUCAGAAGAGGAGUCCAAGAUUGAUCUCCUUGAUCGGAAGGAGGACGUGAAGAAAAAACUGAAGAAGGCCUUCUGUGAGCCAGGAAAUGUGGAGAACAAUGGGGUUCUGUCCUUCAUCAAGCAUGUCCUUUUUCCCCUUAAGUCCGAGUUUGUGAUCCUACGAGAUGAGAAAUGGGGUGGAAACAAAACCUACACAGCUUACACGGACCUGGAAAAGGACUUUGCUGCUGAGGUUGUACAUCCUGGAGACCUGAAGAAUUCUGUUGAAGUCGCGCUGAACAAGUUGCUGGAUCCAAUCCGGGAAAAGUUUAAUACCCCUGCCCUGAAGAAACUGGCCAGCGCUGCCUACCCAGAUCCCUCGAAGCAGAAGCCAAUGGCCAAAGGCCCUGCCAAGAAUUCAGAACCAGAGGAGGUCAUCCCAUCCCGGCUGGAUAUCCGUGUGGGGAAAAUCAUCACUGUGGAGAAGCACCCAGAUGCAGACAGCCUAUAUGUGGAGAAGAUUGACGUGGGGGAAGCUGAACCACGGACUGUGGUGAGCGGCCUGGUACAGUUCGUGCCCAAAGAGGAACUUCAGGACAGGCUGGUAGUGGUGCUCUGCAACCUGAAACCCCAGAAGAUGAGAGGAGUCGAGUCCCAAGGCAUGCUUCUGUGUGCUUCUAUAGAAGGGAUAAACCGCCAGGUUGAACCUCUGGACCCUCCGGCAGGCUCUGCUCCUGGUGAGCGCGUGUUUGUGAAGGGCUAUGAAAAGGGCCAACCAGAUGAGGAGCUCAAGCCCAAGAAGAAAGUCUUCGAGAAGUUGCAGGCUGACUUUAAAAUUUCUGAGGAGUGCAUCGCACAGUGGAAGCAAACCAACUUCAUGACCAAGCUGGGGUCCAUUUCCUGUAAAUCGCUGAAAGGGGGGAACAUUAGCUAGCCAGCCCAGCAUCUUCCUCCCUUCUUCCACCACCGUGUCAUCUGCUCUCUGCAGUCUGCUCCAUCCAUCACCCAUCUGCCCAUCUCUCAGGACAUGGAAGCAGCGGGUUUGGACUCUUUAUUCGGUGCAGAAAUCAGCAAUGGGCAGCUCACCCUCCCCGGAACCCAGGAUCAUCCUGUCUGGCUACAGUGAGAGACCGACCCCUAACAAGGGCUGGGCCGCAGCAGGGAGUCCAGCCCUACCUUCUUCCCUUGGCAGCUGGAGAAAUCUGGUUUCAGUAUAACUCACUUAAAAAUCUAUGCCACAGUCCUUGUAAUUGGAAAAAUACUGGUGCCCAGGUUUUCUUGGAGUUAUCCCAGCAGCUGUGCCUCUAGCUGGGAUCUAGUACCUGGACUGGGCUAAUUACAGCUUCUCCCCAACAGGAAACUGUGGGAUUUGAAAAGGAAAGGGAAGGGAAAACAGAGAACCUAGUGGUCUACCAAGUGGUUGGCAGCUUUCCCAACGUCUGCUUACACUGAGGCUUGGCACUGGGGGGCAGGGCCUGCCCCAGGGCUCUUGGAAUUUCCCUUGAUCCAGCUAGCCUGGGACAUUCCCUAAACCAGCUGCGUGUUAGCAUCAGGCAGAAUGAAUGGCAGGGAGUGAUUCUGUCUUCAGAGAGGGUGGGGUACUUCUCCAUAAGGCAUCUCAGUUCAAUCCCCAUCAUUGUCAUAAAUUCAAAUAAAAUGUCUGAACAAGGGUGUCUGGA